AUGAAGAUGAAAAUGAUGAUGGUCUGGGCACCCUGCAGGAAAUGUCUGCAGGUGUUUUUGCUCCUUCUCCUGGUGGCAAAACUAAAGGGCAAGGUAACAGCGCCGGAGCGAGUGCAGGCCAGCGUGGGCAAGCCCUUCACAUUGACGUGCGCCCUCGCCAAGGACCGAGGCGACGCCGUCAAGCACGUGUACUGGCUGGAUGUCAACAACCGCACGCUUCUCAGCUACCAGCCCGGCAACAAAGACAGCGUGAGCAGCCAGCAGCACGUGGAGCUCACACCGUCCUCCAAAGACACCUAUUCCGUCACCAUCCAGAGGGUGAGCUUCAGGGAUGAAGGAUGCUACCUCUGCGUCUUUGACAUGGUCCAGUCUGGAACCAAACAGGGACGCACUUGCCUGACUGUCACUGCAUCGGUGAAUUCGGAUGGCAACAAAACGGCGCUAACCGGGAAAACGGCGACCCUGUCGUGCUCUUAUGGCCUGCCCGAGAAAGUGCAGCAGGUCACCUGGAAGUUCACCGCGGCACCGGGCGGGCUCUCUUCAGACGUGGCGUCCUACGCCGACAAGAGCGACCCCAUGAUCGAAGCCGCCUACCAGGGAAGGGCGUGGCUGAGCGCAUCGCUGUCGGAUAGCACGCUCACCAUCCGUCCCGUGGCCAUCCGGGACGAGGGAUGCUACACGUGCGUGUAUGGCACGUGGGAGGACGGGCCCAAGAGCUCCACCGUGUGCCUUUCAACGUAUGCACUACCCAAACCUCAAGUUAGCUACAAGAGCACGUCAGCCGGCGUGAUCGAGGCCAACUGCAGUGCCGUGUCGCGGCCCCCGGUGGAGAUGGCGUGGAACGUGGAGCGCGACAACCGCACGGUGGGUCCGCCCGUCACCACGCAGCUGCCGCAGGAGGACGGCACCACGCUGGUGAUCAGCACGCUCACGCUGCAGUCCGGAUUGCUCAAGGACGUGUCCGUCAAGUGUCUGGUGCACCACAAGGGCCUCGAAGCGCCCAUCGCUGUGUCCAUGAACACUAAAAUCGGGACAGCGCUAGCCAUUCUCAUCUCAGUGACUACGGUGGCAGCGCUGCUGGUGCUGGCCCUCUGCUUCUGUCUGUGGAAGUGCUUCCUGCGCAAAGAAGGUCAGUUUGUCCCUGAAACUGAAAUAAAGCUGACAGACCUUUUGAACGAUGCAGAUUUGUGCUGUACAACAGCAUCCUCUAGUGGAAAAGACAUGCGAGGCAUCCUCUAA